GUAGCCAUUUUGGCUCAAGGGCUCAUGACUGCCCGCCUCUAUUGGAUACCCAGAACAAAUUUGUUUUCGAUGUCUCGGCUUUUAUUUUCCUGCAUUGCGGGCGCGUCUGCUCUGCACGACCACCCUUUGGCACGAGCGGGUGGGGGGCCUCCGUCACCAGUGGGGGGAGACCCCGCGCGUGUUUUGUUAUUCGGCAGUUCGUUGGACCGGAACGCAAUCGGAUAUUUCUGUGGGGAGAAGAUGCAGAGCGCAGAGUUCUUGCAGGGCCGCUGGUGCUAUGACACAACCCUCAACGUUAGGAUGGGUUCCUUGUUUCAUCCCGGCGUUGGGUACAACGGAGAUCUCCAGAAGCCAUUCUUCAAACCGUUGCUAGGAAAAUCGAUAGAUGUGCCGACCCGCGACAUGCUGGAACAUCAUUUGAAUGGGACGGCGCGGGACAUGCUCCACGGAAGUCCCGACCUGGUGGUGGUAGAAAGUUCUUUGUGGGACCUGGCCGCGUGGAAGCAGCCAGUGUGCGGAGGCAUGACCUGGCCGUGCGGUACCGACAUGUGCAGCGAGCGUUGCGGCGGAAGCGCAUGCAUCUGCAGUGGGAGGGAGGUGUCCAGCGAGCGUGUGGAGCAGUGGCGCCAGCACGACCUGCCUGGCCUGCUGGAGCUCGUGCAGGGCACGUUUCCGACCAGCCGCAUCGCCUUCCGGACUGCCCCGACGGUGACAGACAGCAAGCUUGGAGGCUUCUUCGCGAAGUUCACUUCCCGCGAGGUCGAGAUGCUGUACGACUGCAUCACCUCGUCCACGACGGAGGGGAGGCUGUUCGGCAAGUACGAGAUCGUCGAUUACCAUGCCAUCGUGAAGAGGCUGGCCGACGACCACGUGCCCGACUUGUUCGCGAACGACGGCUACCACCCCAGCUGCCCAUCAUCCAUGCUCUAUAUCAACGAGGUCCUCCGUCGUGUCGGGGCGUCGCCUCAGGACCCCGACGCCCGCGACGCCCGCGUCACUGGCAGUCGGCGCGACGACGCCGCCACCGCCGACGACGAGUUCGCCGACGGCAGCGCCGGCAGUUGAGCCCAGGAGGCUGCGAGAUGUUGCCUCCCCAGACCUCCUCGCGUCGUGAAAAGAUCACGACGGGAGGUUUUUCGCUAGUUUCGGCCUCCGGGGGCCCUCGCCGGGCCUCGGGACCGUCAAAAAACGACUCGGAACGAAAAACCGGUCCCGGGGAAUGGGUCGGGACCUCUGGGGGUCGCGUCAUGAAAAAAUCAUGACGUCGGGGGUCUGGGUCGGUUGGCCAAGCGUUCGCCACUACAGUCGGGGCGCUGAAGUCAAGGCCCCGACUGUACUGCUGUUGCAUGUGGUGCUCCGCCCCUCGUGCCGUCUCCGGGCCGCCCGUCGCCCGUCGUCGGGCCGCCCGAGCGGAGCGUGGGCAGCUGCUGUGCUGGUGUUUCAUGCUCUGGUGUUCCUCUCGGGAGGCGGGUAGGAGGCGCACCGCCAGCUGACCUUUACGCGCCAGGGUUGCACGGGAUUCUGCA